ACAGCCCCAACCAUAGCCAUAACUUGCCCUUUCUCUCUCCGCCACUCCGCGGCCACAGCCAUAGUCACCCGCCUCCAUAUUUCUCUCUCGAACCCUCCAGACUCGUUUAUUCAUAUAUUGACUGAAAGAAACACAUAACAACUGCAAGUCAGUCUAAGAUUGUAAUUGUUCACUUGCUCUAGCUAUAAACCUCUUUUAAACCCUAAUACCCCUUUUCUGUCUAAACCUUAUCGGCCGCCAUGGCUGCCGGAGAAAACCAAGUGAUGGAUGCCGCGGCAAAGGGUCCCAUUCACAUGAGGAGGAAUAUAGGGAGGAAGAAAGGCUCCAAGGGUAGGAACAGACCAAACAGGGGCGUACCCGGGGGAGUUGGAGACUCAAGAAAGCCUAAGAAGAUAGGUGUGAAGAUGAAGAAUUUGUUUCGUAAGCGAGCUAGGGAUUACAAUUCAGAUGGGGAAGGAGGGGAAGAAGAAGAUGAUGAUGAUGUUGAAGACAAGAGGAAAUUUCAGAAAGUCGAGGAGAUGAGUGGGGGUGGGGAUUCAUCUGAAGAAGCAGAGGAAGAAGAUGGGAAUCGGAAAGAGCACCGUGAAGAUUUAGAUGAUGGGCUCUCCGACGGCAAUGAGGAAGAAGACGGUGAUAUUCAGCCUGGAGUCACCAAGUUUACAGAGGGUUGUAGAGCGUUUAAAAUGGCUUUCAUGAGUAUCAUUAAGAAGGCUAUUCAAGAUGAUGGUUUGGGUCCGAUUCUAUCAGCUCACAAGAAGCUUGUUGCAGAAAAACUCGCUGAAGAAGACGCUGAGAAGAAGGUGAAGAAGGAAGUCAGGAAGGAAAAACACUUGAUGGGAGAAAAGGGACAUGUGAUACCAGCAAAUUAUUUGGAUGCACAUGAAAAGUUUUUAAUUGGUGUUGCUACAAAAGGAGUGGUCAAGUUGUUUAACGCUGUUAACAAGGCUCAACAUGCUCAAAAAGGAUUGGACCCUUCAAGGUCUAAGGAUGCUAAAGUGCUAAGGAAACGAAGGAAAGAAGCCUUCUUUUCAGAAUUAGGAAAAAUCCCAUCAGCUGCAAAGGCUCAGACAUCAAGUGGGCAAGCGGACGAUGAAGCGCCUGGUUGGGCCCCUUUACGUGAUAAUUAUAUGCUAACGAGUUCCAAGUUGAAGGGUUGGGAUAAGAUGCCGGAUAACGCAGCUACGGACGACAUUGGGAAGAUGUCAGAAGAUAGUAGCUCAGAUGGUGAUGACUAAUUUAUAGCACUUUACUCGGAGCACCGACACUAGUUUUCAUUUGUGGCUAUACUAUGUUUUUGUUGCUAUUCGGAUAGGAGUUUCCCAACCUCCUUUCUAAAGUUUUGUAGAAUAUUUUAUUAUUGAUCAUUAUAAAUGAAUGCCUUGAGUUAAUCUA